AUGACCGCGUCUAUCCCGUCUAAACUCUUUCAGCCCAUCGCUAUUGGGUUUAACACCCUCCAACACCGCGUAGUCCUGACACCCUUAACCCGCUUCAGAGCAACCAAGAAGACACAUGUACCGAUCAACCCACUUGUGAAGACCUAUUAUUCCCAACGAUCUAGUACGCCUGGUACGCUUCUCAUCACAGAGGCUACCUUCAUCGCGCCUCAGGCGGGCGGAUACGAUAAUGUUCCAGGAAUAUGGAGUCAGGAACAGAUAGCGGCAUGGAAGGAGAUAACAACCGCCGUACACGCCAACAAUUCGUUCAUCUUUCUUCAACUCUGGGCACUUGGGCGCGCCGCUACCCCCACCGUACUUUCUGAAGACUCCCUUCCAUACAUCGCCCCCUCCCCCAUCGCUCUCUCUUCUCAACCUGACCUCGUCCCUCGGGAGUUGACCACGGAAGAAAUCAAAGAAUACAUCCAGCUAUACGCGCAAGCAGCAAAGAAUGCAGUUCACGAAGCAGGAUUCGACGGCGUAGAGAUCCACGGGGCGAAUGGGUACCUCGUCCACCAGUUCUUUGAGGACGUGAGUAAUAAGCGGACGGACGAGUACGGCGGAAGCGUGGAGGCACGAAGUCGGUUCGGGCUGGAGGUCGUCGAUGCUGUGGUGGAUGCAGUUGGCGCACAUAGAACGGGGAUUAGGGUCAGCCCAUGGACUAAAUUCCAAGACAUGGGAAUGACAGACCCAAUCCCUCAAUAUACCCACUUCAUUUCAUCCCUCAAGUCUGCCCACCCUGAGCUUGCGUAUUUACACGCCGUCGAAGCGCCGGAGGGCGUUUACCCCACUGAUGUAUCCAUUGGUUUCCUCCGCAAGAUCUGGGGACAAAAACUGUUUAUCAAUGCGGGUGGGUACAACCGAGAGAGCGCAAUGGCCCGUGCCGAUGCGGGCGAAGGUUUGGUGGCGUUCGGAAGACACUUCAUCGCGAAUCCGGACCUACCAAUCCGCUUGAGAGAGAAUAUACCGUUGACCCCUUAUAACCGCAAGACGUUUUACACACCUGGAGAUCACCCCGAUGCUGCAGUUGGAUAUGUCGAUUACCCGUUUGCUGAGGAUACCCGGAGUACAGUUCGACUGUAAGGUGGAUUGUGAUGCAUCGUCUUAGAUUAGAAAUUAAGGCUGGGACUGCUGAUUUUU